AUGCGGCAGCGCAUCUUUCUACGAGGACGAUGCGCUGCCUGGGAUCUCUACGGGAGAUUCGGGAAAAGAUCCUACGUGGAUCUGUAUGACCCACGGUGCACUGAUCUCUACGGGAGGUCACGAACAAAGAACUUCUGUGGUUCUUCGCAGUGGCUCCUACGCGGAUCCACGGGGUGUCAAACAAAAGGAUCCUACGUGGUUCCUCGCUGUGGUUCCUACGCGGACCCACGUUAUAUUGGUCUCUACGAGAGGUCAACGAGGGAUCCUACGUGGAUCUUCUCACCCGUGGGUCUUACGUGGACCUAUAGAGAUGUCACCUACGGGGUGUCAUCAUCGUGCUUCGCCGCCGCGGCGUUGUCGGAUGGCAACACCCAGAAGCUGUUGAUCUUGGUACGCAUGUCUCCGGAGAGCGACUCCAGUGACUCGGAGUCAGUGGAAGAGGCAGCGGAACGGACGACCGAGAAGAAAAGUCUACAGAAGGACGAAGAAGAACCCAAACGUGCAAAACCAAGUCCGUUAAUUGAGAAGGAUAGACGUCGGUCCCACGCAAGGGGUCGCCGCCGGGGUCGGUCUGCCUCACGUGGGCGAGACCGACGCCGCAGGUCUCGUUCCCACGGGAAACGCAAGCGGCAUUCUGACGGUCGGUCAGGCAGGGACACGGAACGGAAGGCACGGCGCAAGGAGGCCGAGCCAGAGGACAAAGGAAGCAAGCGCCCGGUGUCACCUCCUGGCAAGCCGCCGGAAGGAGCCGCUGUGGACUUGCGGCCAGCAAGGCGUGCGGAAACAGAUGCGGGAACAGUUGCACCAAAAGUGAAGUGCCCACACUGUGGGAAAAAGCUCACCGCCCAAGAAAGUGGACAAAAGUUCCACAUGUACCUGAAUCUGUACUGCAUCCGUUGCCAGCUGUGGCAAAAACUACCGGAAGGUAACCGGACGCAGGCAAUGUGGGAGAACACGUUGCAACAGGCGAAGGUUAUAUGCGCGCAGAGGGCGAAGCAAGAUCAGCGAGACGCUGAGGCUGCAGCGGUGGCACCUACGAGGUCCCAGGCAAGCCGCGUUCGCAAGGCGAAGCCGUCCUUGCCCAAAGCAUUGCCGCUGGAUCCUCCGAGCCCAAGCGGCGGAGACACAGGGUCGGAUCCACCGGAACCGGAGAAGCCUGUUGGUAAGUCCAAGAAGGUAAGUGAGACUUUGGACCAAGCAGAGUCUAGAGCCUACGAGGCCGCAGACACAGACGCUGCCAAGCAGUGCUGUCGUCUGAAUCGUUUGAUUCAGACGUGCCUUUCCCCGACCUGGGAGAUGGUUUCGGCGGAUCCGAACCUGGAGAAAACGAUCCUCUGCGCGGUGUCGGAUUGGACGGAUGACUGGUCGAGGUUCAAGCACUGCUUGACCGGCUACCAUAUGGAAGAAUUCCGCACCGUGGCAGCUGAUUUGAAACGAUUGCAAGAAUAUCUCAUGCUUCUCCCGGAAGCGAGCUGGGCCUACGCGGCGGAAACGCAGGUUCUUCUUUUGCUGGCUGAUUGUGAAGCUUUGCACCCGCAAGGCACGUAG